CGGUUAGGGCCGUUAGGACGGUGGGAGCGCUCGAGCCCCGCCCCUCAGGCGCCUGACGCCUCCACCCGCCACCCUGCGCGGCAGCGAAGCCGGAAGUGGGUUCCCCAAACAAUCGAGAGGCGCAGUCCGCUCUAGGCCAGUGGUACCGGGGAAUCUCCAGUGACUUACAGCCCACGCAGCUCUGGUGGUCACCCACCACCAUCCCCACCACCCCCGGGAGAAACGGCAGGACCAUGUCGAACAUGGAAAAACACCUAUUUAACCUGAAGUUUGCUGCAAAAGAGCUUAAUAGGAAUGCCAAAAAAUGUGAUAAAGAAGAAAAAGCUGAAAAGGCAAAGAUUAAAAAGGCCAUCCAGAAGGGCAAUACAGAAGUCGCACGAAUACAUGCUGAAAAUGCAAUCCGCCAGAAAAACCAAGGAAUUAAUUUUUUGAGAAUGAGUGCUCGGGUAGAUGCUGUAGCAGCUAGAGUUCAAACAGCUGUGACAAUGGGCAAGGUAACUAAAUCGAUGGCAGGUGUGGUUAAGUCUAUGGAUGCUACAUUGAGGAGCAUGAACCUUGAGAAGAUAUCUGCCUUAAUGGACAAAUUUGAACAUCAGUUUGAAACCUUAGAUGUUCAAACACAACAAAUGGAAGACACUAUGAGCAGCACUACAACCCUAACAACUCCACAAAACCAAGUGGAUAUGCUCCUUCAAGAAAUGGCAGAUGAAGCAGGCCUUGAUCUCAACAUGGAGCUCCCACAGGGUCAGACUGGUUCUGUUGGCACAAGUGUUGCUUCAACAGAACAGGAUGAACUAUCACAGAGACUUGCCCGCCUCCGUGAUCAAGUGUAACACAAAGACCUUGAUGCUGUCAUACACUACGCUUACUUCUGAAACCUCUUGUGUGUGUAUGUGUAUGUGUGUAUGUGUAUGUGUGCAUAUAUAUAUAUCUCUUAUCUAUAUGGAUAGAUAGAGAUAGAUAGAGAUAUAGAUAUAGAUGUUCAAAUACUCUUGGUAAUAUAAGAUGCUCUGGGCUUGCAGUUCUUUAUGAAUAGGAUAAAUUUGAGGGAGCUUGCACUCUUACUGGAUUUUAUAAUUCUGAACAGUAUAGGUUGAAAUGUGGAAGAUGGCUUUUGCAGGUGUCUUAGGUUGAAACAAGUUUAAUUCAUUCUGUUUGAAACAUCUUUGUUAAAUUUGGGGUCAUAAUUCUAGUUCCCAAAUAUUUCAAUUCCUGUUUACAAUGACUAAUUAUUAAAGUGAAACAUUUAAAAAUCUGUGUUCAUUUUCUCUCUACAGAGCUGAGAUGAUAUUUUUUUAAAAGUAGGAAUGGAAUAGGCCAGGGAAAUCUCUCUCCUUUGUUCACUUAACCCAAUACACAUUAUUCCCCAUUUUGGGAUGAACAGUACUGUGUGCAAUGUUGGUCUGCUUUUAGUCUGUAUUUGUUUUUUAACCUUAAAUUAUCAUAGGAAUUUUCAUACCAUAUUCUGAGAGAGACAGAGUGAGUGUGUGUGUAUGUGUGUGUGUGUGUGUGUGCGCGUGCGUGCGUGUGUGUGCGCGCAUGCUUUAAAAUCUUCAUGAAAUGAUCAUCUUAAUAAUCACCUGAAAAAAGUGCCACACUGCUUCAUUUACAGGAAAGUUUAAGGCUCAUUUGCAUUUACUGUUUGCAAGAUAUGGUGGUUGUUAAUUCCGAGCCAUUUUUGGACUUCCAUACUUCUCUCCAGUAAAAUGAUAAAAUUGGGAAAUUGGACUUUUCCUGUUGAAUUUUUAUUAGCCAAUAUUUUUAAAGUCUGUUUUCUUACCAUGUACAUUCCCAGGGAUUAUUUUAGGGAAAACUGACCUGUUCUGUUUUAAACAAGAAUUUCAAAAACAAAGAAAUCAGUGUGCUAUCCUCAAAACUAAAUGUGUUAGUCCUGUAUGUCUUAAAGCAGCACCUCAUUACUCAUUGGGAAUCUUAAGUGGAUGUGGAGAUUUUAACUUUGGCCAUACAAGCAACAUAAAUACUCAUCUAGUCAAGUGGAAGUUGAAGUAGUUUGGGUGUUUGGGGGAGGGGGGACCAAGUUACUGAAUUUUGUUGCCCCAAUGUCAAUUCAACCUCUUAGAAUGGCCGGUAUAGUUUAUUGAAAUGUGCAAUUUACCAUGUAGCUAUGAUGUUUUAACUUAGUAGUCACAAAGUGGUGGCGGAUCAGUGAAUUACUAAUACAUUAUAGCAAGAAUACAAAUGGAGGUUGAAUGAGUACAGAGACUAGGGGCAAGGGUUUAUCCGCCUGGUGAAAGAUUUCCCCAUUAAAUAGUUUUCUGUUUUUUUGUUUUGAUUUGGUUUUUCCAAAUAAGAAAGUUUUCUUGAGGAAUGAUUAUCCCCAUUGUUAGUCACAAAGGCAUUCGAAGUGCAAUUACAAGAGCCUUUUGCCAGACCUUUCUUAGCUAAAUAUUACCCAUUCAUCCCUGCGAAUGAGAGUAGGUUUGAAUGAAAAAUACAUGAAUAAGCAAAUGCAAUGGGAAUUAGCUGUGUUGUUUGUUGAGCACUAGGUCCCAUGUAUCCAAGUUUCUUAGUAUAUGACUGGAGUGUUUCUAUCUCCAUGUAGACAUCCUGCAUUUUGUUAAAUGAGUGAUGCUUUUUUCCUCUCUAUGGAAAUGAUUUGUGUGUUCAUUUUUACUGAAAUAUUCUAGGGAGCCAGAGAAGAGAAUUAUCAUAGACCAGAAUGCCUAUGAAGUAUAAACUUUCCUUAUUUUCCUUUGUUGACAUAUGUAACUUGUUCUUUCAACUUGGAUAAAAUAUUACAAUUAAAAAUCUCUUAACUUGUGGA